AUGGCCCACUGGGAUUCGCCGCACAAUGUCGAGCAGGACCAGGCCGGAGACGGCGAUCUGCCGACGUACGAAGAUCUCGCAGAGCAGCACGGGCCGAACUCGAGGCGAGUGCGCAUUAACUCGGCGCUCAACCCGCGCUCUACUUAUCUGGCCGUCGUUUGCAAGGUUUGGGCGCUGGAGGAGCUGGAUAGAGAAGAGUGCAGAGCUGCGGAACGAUAUAACGAUAUAACCCCGGAGCAACGGGCCAGGCGCCGGCAGCGAGGAUGGGAGCCCCCGGUACCUCCAGCACCAGAGACCCCAUCGGCCUCUGUCCCUCUCAUCCUCGACGAUCCUGCCACCCCGACCCGGAAUAGUGUGCUCCAAAUACAGACCUCGUUCGACCAGGAGCCCCCGGUCUACCACUACGACCCGCCGACGCCGACACCGCCCGCGUUCGUGGGCGAGCAGCUCUUUCCUAGCCAUCUGCGGCUGUAUCACUUUGGCUCGCGCUUUCUCCCGCACACCUCGGCUCCAAUACAUGCGCUACUACCAUUGCCCUCAGAGAGGCUCGUCCUGAUCGGCCAUGAAGAGGGCAUGUCCGUGUUGGACAUGUUCCCGCACGAAUGGACGGAGGACGGCUUGACGCAGAAAGAUCCGAGCGAAGCGCAAUCUCUCGUCAUGUGGCGGGGCGAAGGCGUCUACCAGAUGUCCUUGCUCGAGAUGGAUAACGCGAGCGUUGAAGGAACGCCGUCUGGGGUGGUGUUGAUGCUGGUCGGAUCUGAUGAGUCAUCCCCUAAAGAUGCGGAAGCGGUGCGCGCUCUGAGGAUGUACAACCUCGCAAGUCUGGUCAGCCUCGCAAAGUGGACCAUAUCGCAGAAGGGUGCACGCCCAGUAGACAUGCGACGUCCAUCCAACUGGCACCCACAGCAGAGCCCAUCGCGACACAAAAAGCACAAGUCGCAUGGAAGCAUCACCCGGGGAAUCAAGAACCUUGUCGUCGAAUCUCCUUUAGCUGAGCGUUCCCCGCCGGUCCCCCAAAAGGAUGCCCAGAAUUUUCCUCGACCGACUUCCUCUUCAGGAGACGACGCCCACCUACGACCGCUGACCGAUCGUAACAACUCCAACAGCUCGGAAUCAAGUUGGGACUUGGUCGACGACUUGCCGCUUCGGUGGGCAUCGGACUAUGUUCCUCUAGCGUCGCCUGGGUCGAGGUUGGCGAGCCUUUCGGUUCUAUUCUAUGACCUGAAAACCGACCAGAGCCGGCAACGGGGUGGUGCGUUGCUUGCAAUCGCCUCAAAAUCCAACAUACUGCUGUACGAGACGCCCAAGGGCGAACGUGCCUUCCGUUUCGUGAAGGACUUCUACACGCCUUUGACACCGCGCAGUAUCACGUUCGUCGACCACACCGUGCAGGACGGCAUGAGUCGAUCCGUUUCCAACAUGAGCACGGUCUCAACGCGGACCACGGGUAGCCGCGCGCCGCUGAUGGGCUCCGGACACGAUCGGCAAGGUUCCGAGGCGACGCUGCGACACCUGACCGACGCCUACGGCCCACAACCCAGCCUGUUUGUAAUCUUCGAAAAGAAGGCUGGGCUCAUCCGCAUAUCAGACUCAGCAGUCGGCGAAGUAGAAUUAUACGACGACGGGAGCAACGCACUGUCGCGGCUCACGCCAUCCGCGUCGUUGAGUUCCUUGGCCCGGCGGUCCCGUGCUUCGUUUGACGGCGGGCACGGGCACGGGCCCUUCGGAUUCGGCAAGGAGCAGAAGGGCACUUGGCUUCCACCGGCGCACAUUGAGCUGCCUGGUAGUCCGAUCUAUCACCAUGCCUCGACGUUGUCGUCUACAACGCCUGUCUGCUGUCUUACACGUGGUAAACAAACCCAUAUAGUCCCCUCGCCGCUCCCUCCCAAUCUUGCCUCAGUUCCCCCGCUCGCCGCCCUCUCAUGGAACUGCACGCCGUCGUACGUGUCCCCUAGAAUCAUCGAAUGCUUCUCCCCGGACGGUGGCAAGCAACCACAGCUGCAACUCGUGGCUUUUGGGGAAGACGGCGUGGAAGUUCAGGAGUUGACGCUUUCCUUCCUCAUCACGGCCCGCCAGGGCGGAAAGGGCAAAGCGAAAGCGGAGGAGGUCGUGCGCGCCGACGCGGACGUGGGCGGAGACGUCGGCUUCCUGUGCGCCGGUGGCCAUUGGCAUCGUUCGUCGUCCCAACUUACCCGCACGUUCUCGACUGCGUCUGGCGUAUCCGCCACAUCGUUCGAUAGCCUCGAUUCCGAUGCCAUCGCUGACAAGAUCUCGCAGGAGCAGGGCAUCUAUGGCUGGGUGCGGAAGGGCUAUGACGACUACCGCGUGUUCUGGGUAGGAGGCACCGGCAGCAACCCGUCCCUGGAGGAAACGGAUUAG